UAAAACAGUAGAGGUAGGUGGAGUCGUUGAUCUGGUAGUUGUUUUUUUUUCGGUUGUAAUUUAUAUCGGCAUUGUCUUGUCUAUUUUAGUAGGCAGUAAUGGCAGAUACAGCUGCAGAAGGCAUUGAAGAUCUACAUAUUAAUACACCAGAAGAUGAGAAUGAUUCGAAUUACAAACCACCACCAGAGAAAACAAUCGAAGAAAUUCUAGAAACAGAUAAAGAAGAUGAAAGUUUGCGAAAGUACAAAGAAAAACUACUUGGUGAUGCCAAAACAGGAAUAGUUGUUGUUGAACCAAAUGACCCCCGGAAAGUAAUAGUGAAGAAACUGGCAUUGUGUGUUCCGGAGAGACCGGACCUUGAGCUUGACCUGACAGGUGAUAUUUCUCAGCUGAAGAAACAGGUAUUUGUCAUCAAGGAAGGUGUGUCAUACCGCAUCAGAAUCGACUUCAUUGUGCAAAGGGAAAUCGUACACGGGCUGAAAUAUGUUCAAAAAACAUACAGGAUGGGCAUGCCAGGCACAGUCGUGGACAAGAUGUCACACAUGGUGGGCAGUUACCCUCCCAAGAUGGAGAUUCAGUCAUACACAACACCAGCAGAAGAUGCUCCUGCAGGAAUGAUGGCACGUGGGAACUACACCGUGCAGUCAUUGUUCACUGAUGAUGACAAACAUGAACAUCUCAAGUGGGAAUGGAGCUUUGAGAUCAAAAAGGACUGGAAGGACUGAGCAUGUGGUGUCGGCCAUUUACUCGCAUGCAAGUCGACGUACACAGAUGGGAUCAGACGGUAUCGAUUCAUUUAUGUGUAACUGAUAAUUUCUUCUUCUCCUUUUGUAGAAUUUACACAUGAUUGCACAGUCUGUAGUUUCAAUUUGUAUUCUAAUUACAGAUCAUUUACUUUGUAAAAUUUGUGAAUAAUUUCAUUAGAUUGUCACAGGAGGAUCCAUUAGUUUGGGGAGGAGUUUAUGUGUUAGGGUCAGAUCUGUGUUCCCAAGCCGAGUAGGCAGAUUAUAAGUCAAAGAUUUGGUGUUUCAUCCCUUCACUAUUUAAGGUUGAUGUGAAAGAAGAAACUUUGAAAGAUUCAUGUUAUGUCUUUCUUGUUUCCAUAUUUUGUCUGUUGUGUCCUGUGAAAUUCUGGUGCCAGUAACUUGCCAGGCUGACACACGUAAGUGCAAAGCCUUGCAUAUGAGUAAAUGUAACACAACAUUUUUACAUAAUUUAAUUUCUAAAUCUUGGCUAUGUCACUAUGUUCCAAGAUGAAAGAAAGAAAAGAAAGGCGAAAAUCUUAAGUUACAUCAUUCAGGAAUUGAAAAAAAUUAGCUGUAGCUUAGGAUAGAUACCCAAGUGCAAUUUGAUUAUUCAUGUAAGAAUUCCAAAGAACAGAGAUCCAAGUUUCAAUCAGGAACUGUCAGGUCAUGCAGGGAUGCUCUGGCUGUGUUGCGCAUCGGAAUUGUUCUGAGAGACUGUGCUACAGAACUCUUAUUUUAAGUAGUCUUAAAACGAUAUUGAUAGGCAUUUAAUCUGUGGUCAUCUGAGCUGGACUAGUCAAAAGUGGAUGCAUAUUUACUUGAGGUAAUUUUCAUGUUGGUAAUAUUGUGUAGCUUGGUGUUCAGUGCUCUGAAGUAACAUACACUUAUGCUGUAAAUCAUCAUUUAUUGUAAUCGUGUGAGCUGUCUCACACGCUUCAGAAAUUUUUGGUUUCAUUUGUUUUUAAUCACUUGAAAGAUGUCACUGUUACUAUUUCCACGUUAUGUGGAAAUAGUAAGAGUAACACCUAGUAACAUUUCCACGUUAUGUGGAAAUGUGCAGAAUUCCACAGUCACUCAAAUUCAAAUUUGGAAUGCCAGGAGUAUAUCUCUGGCAAGCACAGGGGCAUAAAUAUCUGUACAUGUUAUAAAAUAUGUUGUAUUUUCUUUGGCAUGAAUAGUUGUCCUGAUAAUAGUACGCAGUGCAUUUAUGGUAUUCUGUAGAAUAAUUAUGUCUGGGACUCUUCUACAUACAGAUAUGUAAAGACAAAAGAUUUAAUGUUAACAGAAGCAUAUAUUUCAGAUUAUAGUACCCACAUUUUCAAAACUAUCUUAUGAAUGCUGCAUUCUGUAUUUGUCUUCCAUGUUCAUUAAUUGAACACAAAUAUAUGGUUGCAAAGCCAGUGAACAUUUCAGGUCUAAUAUAGAUUUAAAUUAUUUUACCUGUAGUUUGUUAAAGGUACAUAGUAAUAGUCUUUGUCUUUUCACAGCUUUUUAUCAUCAUACCACUCUCAUACAGCGUGAUGCAUGAAAUGGUCCAGAAUUUGAUCUCUUAAUGAAAUCUUUAUUUCCAUUACAAUACUAUAAACUAACACACAAAAGGAAAGACCAUUUUAAGGCGAUUUAUCCUCUGCUUAUCAAGUGUUCAGUAUGACCACCAUUACGUCUAGCAACUUCUUCAACAUGAGCUGUGAUGUUGUUUAUUACUGAGUGGCACAUAUCCUCAAUUAUCUCAUUGCAAGCCUCAGUGCUUAGUGGUCUCAGUUCCAUUAUUGUUUGUGGCUUUUUCAGAAAAAUCUAUACCUUAAGGAAUUCCCCAAAAAAGUGGUCACAUGGAUUUAAAUGAGGACCAUUUGGGGGCCAGUUUUGUGUGCAUGCCAAACGAUCAGGAAAUUGGUUUGAGAUGAGACAUGAAUUGAAAGUGCUAAGCAGAAAGUCCAAAACAACAUUUGUUGUGUGCAGUCUGGUUCCACCCUGCAUGUACCACUGAGUUUGUAAUGGCAAACCUGUAGCAAGAAGGUGAGGCACAAAAGUAUUGCGCAUCGUGCUUAAAUAGCGCUGUUCUCUAUAUCUUGAAAGCAGAUUGGUCCUAGCAGUCCAUGAUUUCAGAUGGCGACCCACACUGUAAUUCUUAGUGCAUGAUGCAUGAAUCACACGUGGAUUCACUGGCGCCCAAAAUCGCACAUUUUGUGUAUUAACCUCACCAUCAGAGUGGAUGUGUGCCUUGUCAGAAAACCGAACAUUGUUCAACAAUACCUCAUUAUUAUUAGCCCCUUCAGCAAAUGGCACUCUUUGAUGUUUGUUUUGAACUGUAAGUUUAGGCAACACACACAGGAUAAAUCUCCAUGCUUUGGUCUUUAUUUUUGUAUGUUAGUUUCCAGCAUUGUAAUUGAAAUAACGAUUUUAAUAAUAGAUCAAACACUGAAUCAUUUCAUGCACCACUCUGUAUGUCACUUCUGCCUGUCUGAUUCAUCUAGCUUCUUGAAUUCAUUUAGCGAUUAUAAAAUGUUCAUAAGAGCUGGAUGAUUAGCCUUAGGCAGAGACUCUGUUUGGUCCCUGAUCCAUGGUCUGUUUGGCUUGGUGACCCUGCCACUGUAGCUCUCAGGGUUAUUCAGACACAAGCCUCCACUAGAUGGUGUGUCAUAUAAAGAAAUGUUUGAAUGAUAAGGUCAGCUGUGCAUAUUGGCAGAGAGAGUAUUUAUGUUUUGUGAGUUGGGCAAAGAAUGCCUAAGAUGAAAAACAGAAGUGAUUCCAGGCAAAAUGUUGCAUUUUCACAUGUGCAUAGUGCACAUUGCUGUGUGUUUAGCAAGAGGUAGGCUGCUUUCUUGCAGUAAAUUGCUCAGAAGUUCCUAAUCUUAUCCCAGUACUUAAUCUUUUGUUCUAGACAUUGCAUUUUAACUUUAUGCUGUAAGGAAACAACCCAGAUACAUUGCAUUGAACAGACAAGUUUCAAAUUGAAGCUUACAGUAUUACCAAUAUAGACAACAAAAGUCUCACUCUCUCAAAUAAUCUGGGAAGCUGUUGGUAGUACUUUUUAUUAACAUGCAUUUUCUAUUAAAUAGUGCACAAAGUUUGCUGUACCAUUCCAAAGUCUUGAGUAUGACACUUUUAAGAAUUUUGUCAGUAAACUGGUAUCAGUCCAUGUUGUCAUAACCUUUGGCUGUUCAGUGGCAUUUCUGUCAGCAGUCUCUUAAUUUCCCUCAAAACCAUGGUGCUUGUGAUUUGACAGUACUGUAUAUUAUUAGUUGUCAUAUUAAAUCAAUAUAACAGAGUAGUGUCACACCUGGUGAUAAAAAGAAUCAAUUGGAGCUUCACUAUUUUGCAUGACCCUUUCUUAUACAUAUGUAUGUGUUACUCUAGACUAGGAUACCUAAUUUGUAUUGGAUUUACUGAUGUUGAUUAAUACCCCCUGCCUUUUGGAACUGUAUUUUUACUUUUAAUUCAACAGAGAUAUAAGUAUGAUUAAUUUAGGUUUGUAUACAGGGCUGUACCAAAAAAGAUGUUUCAGAAUAAAGUGCAUAUAUUUUCUGAUAUGCUUAAUGUAGAAGAAUUAUUUUGAUGUUAGCACAGAAGACAUGGGAAAUUAAACUGCCAAUGGAAAACAUAUGCAGUGUUUGAACCAGCAUCGUGCAAAACCAUUGCAGUGGAUACAGCGAACUGACAGCUGCUGUGUUUAGAGAGAGAUUGCAGUGUUUCUAAUGAUGAUGACGUUCUUUCUGAGCUGGGGUUGUUUCUGUCCACGUUGUCUUCCAAAACCACCAUAAAAAGUAAUGACAGGGAUUGGGUUGGGAGAAUAUGGUGGCUAAGAACAUCUGUAGCCAAAAUAUCAGGAAACGAUUCGAGGUAACAUGAUUGCCAAACUGCUCAUGCAAGGCAUCCAAAGUUGCAUCUGCUAUGUGGUUAAGCCCAGUCUUGUUGGAAGAACAUUUCUUUGUUGUGUAUGAACUGUGCUUCUAGUACAAUAAAGUGCUUUCUUCGUCAACACACACUUCUGUAGUCCGUUCACCAUCAUGUUGAACAUCGAUUCAGAAAGCUGUCAUCUUCCAAGCUUGUGGUGCAGAUUAUCAGCAGAAUUAUUUAUCUUCAUUAGAUAUUUCAGUUAAUAAAGUAAAAACUGUUUUUGCGCUUUUUUCUCAGCUUGAAAUUUGAUGUAAAUUGCAGGAAAUGUAAAAUCAUUAUCUUAGUGGUUAUCUUCACCUCCAUUUCUCAUUGUUGUCCUUGGAAAAUAAUGUAGGUAAUUACUGAGGCAUGUGUCAUCAUCUUCACAAUGUACAAUUCUUGUAAACUAAACAUAUACCAUAUCAUGAUGCAAGAUAAAAUUAUGUGUGAAACACCAUGGAAUGCUUUGCACACAGUCUCUUCCAGUUCUUCAGACUUGGAUUUCUUCACAUAUUUUUGGUUGCCCCAACACUUGCCAUAGUUUUCUUCAAUGACUUGACAAUUUUUGACAGUUUUAUUCACAGCUGAUUCUGAAAAUCCAAGUUGUUUCACAAAGGAAAUACAAACCACAUGUCAGCCCUGUAGCAUAUUGAUUUUUUCUUCUAGAGAAUGCCCCCCCCCCUUGCUGUCAUCACGCCUUACCAACACAAAUUCAAAUAAAACAGCAAACUCAGCUGACACAAAACAAAAACAGUAAGCAAUGUGAAGUUACAGUGAUGCUUGCAAGAUGGCAGUAAAGCUUAUUAGAGCAGCCAGUGGUUAAAAAGAAAAGUCGACAAGUCACAAAAAGAAAUUAUGUAAAAGCCAGGAAAUUGAAAUCAAAUGAUAUGCAUUUUGCAGGAACUAAAGCCAUUGGAUGGACAAUUUAUGGGACCAAACAAAAAUUAUGUAAAUUAUGGGGAAAACAUACAUUGUGGCAGCAUAAAUGCAACGUUUCACUGUAUGUGCAGUUUAAACAGAAGCAUCUUUUUAGAUUUACAUUGACCAUGUAUAAGUGUAAGUGAGAAAUCAGUUUUCUAUUAAUAAUAUACUGGAGGCUUUUUACAUUACUUAAACUAAGGAAUGAAUGCCAUAUAUAUAUAUAUAAAUAUAGUGUAACUAACUUAUUGUGAAAAGAGUACUAAUAAUGCUGGCAAAGAUUGGAAAUUUUUGUGAUGAAUCUUUAAAUUCAAUGAAGAAUUUUUGGUGCAUAUGUUUGAUGACUUCUGUAACAGACAGUAUGAUGUGUUUUGUGACAGAGGAUCAUGGAGCUGCCUGUCAUGUUAAGACAUGGAUACAGCUGAGUGUGAGAGAAUGCAGUUUUGUGAGAUUUUAGUACAAUUAAAAUGCCAUUUAUAAAGAGUUCAUUGCCAA